ACUGACCCCUCACAGCAUUGCCAUUUUUUGGGAAUCUCAACCACAAUGGCGGAACCCAUGUCAGUAGUCUCUCCGGAGAAGCUCAACGCCAACCUGCAGUUCGACGACGACAUCUACGCCGACGAGCCGCCUUCCUCGCCAUUCGUGGCCCACUUUGACGACGACAACCAGGAGAAUGUUGCGCCUACGCCUGUCAGACAGCUCGUUGAUUUUGAUGAUGACGACGAUAUGCCGCAGUCUGCCUUCAGGGUCACGUCGGAGAAGAGGUUCGGGCUGAAGGAGCGCUCGAGUCCGAUCAAGAUGCCGACGAAGAACUUGAUGGAGGACUUUGAGGAGGCGGCGAUGAAAGAGGACCACUCGGCGAGGAACAGCCCCAGGAAAGCUUCGCCAACUAAGUCUGUCGCGAGAGAUCGAUCGGGGUCGGUGAUGAGCGACCGGUCACGCAUGAGCCAGUCGCCGUCCAAGUCGUCGCGACACCCUUCGGUUGAUCUCCACCAGCGCACGCCGUCGGUCAGGAGUGUGACCCCGCAGGUGCUCCCCACGCCUUCGAAGCGCCCGUCUCCGUCAUCGUCGUCGUCUUACAGGGAGUUGCGCGACAACGAGGGCUUGACAGUUGCCAUGAAGUACACUGAGACGACGCACAGCGACAGCUUCGAGAGUUUGAAGAGACAGAAGAUGCACGACGACGACUUCGACUUGGAUCUGGACGUCGACGGCACCGAGUUUAACCCGGAUGCCACGUCUGCAGACAUCGACGACACGGGCUUCAGCAUGUUCUCCGAGAUGCCGGGCCUGGACAUGACGAAGUUUGCUUUCCUGAAGCAGAGCCCCACCAAGAGCGAGCAUCCAGACGCUACUCCCCGCGCCCGCGCCCAGAUGACACCCUCCACUGCCCGUCGGUCCGAGCGCUCCGAACGCACUCCUUCACCUACGCCCCGCCGCACGUACAAGGAGAACGACACCACCAACCUCCUCCUCGACUUCACCGCACAGAUUGAGUCGUACGGGACAAUAAGUCGCGGGUCGUCGUCGCGUGGACGUACCUCACCCACCAAGUCAAUCACAGAGCCCAACCUCCGCUCCUACUAUCAAAAUCAACGGUCACCUGCUAAGGGUGGAAACUUCGUCCCUUCAACGCCUGGUCAGAGUCGUCAGCUGCUCAACCUUCUCGACUUCGAAUUGCCUCCUCCACCAACACCACGAUCGCUACCCACCGUGACUAUCCGAGAGAUGGAGUCGUUGAAAUCGCAGUUCCAGUCCCAGAUCUCUUCCCUCACUGCCAGUUUGUCAGGGAAAGAAGCUGAAGUAGUGUCCUUGGCCAAGGCUAUCGGCGAUGCUGAGCGUCGUGUUGGCGAGGCACAGGAGAUUGUACGUGACGAGCGUUCAGCCCGCGAGUACGCCGAGGCGCAGAUGGUAGACUGGAAGAAGAAGGGCGAGGAAGUGCAGGAGCUGCUGCAGAACGUACAAUCUGAAAUGGCGCACAACGACGCUGAGCGCGACCAGCUCCUCACACGGCUCGUCGAGGCAGAGAGGCGCGCAGAAGAGGCGGACAGCAGGACGGAGGAGCUGGAGACUCGACUCAUCGACGCCGAGAGCAAGAACGUCGACAUGACAACCUUCAUCAACGACGACGAAGGUAACGAAAAGAAGAAAAUCUACUCCGAGCUAGAGUGCCAGACCGCCAUCGCAGAGAAAGUCAACGAGAUCGCGCGAGACCUACACUCAGCCUACAAAGCCAAGCACGAGAAGAAGAUUAAAGCCCUCAAGGACAACUACCAGAAGAAAGCAGACGAGCGCUGCAAGGACCUCCGCCUGCAGAUCAUCCGUCUAGAAGGCCAAAUCGAAGACGCAGAGAAGAACCACAAUAACGAAAAUCACGCUUACAGCCCCGCUAAACACCGCGCCGCUGAAUGCCCCUCCUGCACCGCAAACACAGAGCACCUCGAGUCCCUGCGCGCAGACCUCGAAAACGCAAAAGCCCGCCUCGCUGGCCAGGCUUCCGAACUAUCCUCCCUACGCUCAUCCCACGCAACAACGCUAGAGGAACUCGAAGCCGAGCGCGUGGAAAAGGGCGAGCUAGUCGCCGCCGCAGAACAAAUGCUCAGCUUGUGUGGUGAGAAAAUGGAGGAGCUGCAGCAGCAGGAUCUGCGUCGCUCGACGGCCACAGCCCCGCCGGUUGUGCAGCAGCAAAGAGCGCCCACGGAACAGGUCAUGCGCAACACGGGCUUUUUGGCCGGCGGGGCCCCGGCUAGACCCGUGUCUAGGGCUGCGGGCGAGAAGGCGCCGCAGAAACCGAGUGGGAUGCGGACGCCCGGUGGAUUUGGGUUUGCGAAUGCGAAUGGGGGGGGACAGGCGCCUGCGUUGGGGAGGAGUACGAGUGGGCAUGGGAACUCGGGGGGGAGUAAGAGUAGGCUUUUGAGUAAUAUUGAGAGGAUGGGUAAGGGGGGGGAGUAA